UAUCUCCUUCUCUGAGCACCGAAACUCCGUCGUUUUUGAAGCUCCACAAUACCAAUGCUCUCCCAAAUACCACUUUCUUUAGCUGUUUGAUCCAAAAGGUUCUUCAGCUUUGUAGAUCAUUAAAUACUCCGAAGAAGAUCCGGCAAAAUCUGGACUGAUUUUUCUUACAUCAAGUGCAGGUGUUCUGGUAAGAAUUUAUGUUUCAUGGCUUCACCAGCUAUCGAUUCUGCCCUGAUGUCGUCACAUAUUGAGACCUUAACUUGGUCAUCGACUGCACACGGAGAGGAAGUGGAUCUGGCUGAUACUUUUCCUGUGCCGGAAGCUCCGGAGUGUUAUUUGGUGUCUAGUAGUUGUAACAUCCCCAAACCGCCGCCUCUUCCGAGUAAUAUCAGUACGAGAAGUAAGUAUCCGAGAAGGCCGCUCGAGUGCUGCUUUGCCCCGAAGGAGACAAUGGAUAUGUGGGACAAGGUUUUCAAGGAUGGUUAUGGUGCAGAUGUUUGCAUUGUCACCGAGGACAGAUCAUAUGUUCCUGCUCAUUCUGUUGUUCUGAGAACUGCAUCACCUGUGCUGAGCAGUAUGAUCGGCCAAUCAAAAGUCAAGCAAGGCAUGAGAUACAUCAAAAUUCCCGGAGUACCUCACGAUGCCGUCCGACUGUUUGUUCGUUUUUUAUAUUCAUCCCGCUAUGAAGAGGAAGAGCUGAAGAAGUUUGUUCUCCAUCUAUUAGUGUUGUCGCAUGCCUACUCGGUUCUGCAGUUGAAAAGAGUCUGUAUUAGCUUACUGGAGCAGGGCUGGCUUAACAGAGAAAACAUGAUCGAUGUCCUUCAGUUAGCCCGGAAUUGUGAUGCACCUAGGCUGGCUUUUGUUUGCAUUCGUAUGGUCGUAAAGGAUUUCAAAUCUGUAUCAUCGACUGAAGGGUGGAAAGUAAUGAAACGUGCUAAUCCGGCUCUCGAGCAAGAACUCGUAGAGUGCGUUGUUGAAGCUGAUUCUAGAAAGCAAGAGAGGCAGAGGAAAAUAGAAGAGAAAAAGGUCUACUUGCAAUUACACGAGGCAAUGGAGGCUCUCCUUCACAUUUGCAAGGACGGUUGUCGAACGAUCGGUCCUCGUGACAAAGUGCUGAAAGGAAAUCAAGUUACCUGCAAUUUCCCGGCUUGUAAGGGACUCGAGGCUUUAGUUCGUCAUUUCUCCGGUUGUAAGAGUCGGGUCCCGGGAGGAUGCAAUCAUUGCAAGCGCAUGUGGCAGCUUCUCGAACUGCAUUCCCGCAUUUGCAAUGAACCGGAUUCUUGCAAGGUUCCUCUUUGCAGGCAUUUUAAGGAGAAAAUUCAGCAGCAAUGCAAGAAAGACGAGACUAAGUGGAAGCUAUUGGUUAGCAAAGUUAUUGCAGCAAAAAAUGCAGUCGGACCGUUCUAGUCUUGGAGGUCGGGUUUACUGUGAUAUCUUUAAUGUAAUAUAUGCAUGCAUAUGUAUCUGGCAUUACCAUGUAUUUUUAUCAGAAUGGUUAAUGCCUCGUAUCAAUAACAGAGGCUGAAAAUGGAACAGUUCAGCUCUCGUAAUUUAGCAUCAUAGAGAUCACCAUUAAUGUCUUGUACAUCAGAGUCUUUGUUUAUCC